CUCGCUCGCUCGUGUUUGCUUUGCUCUCGUUGGCGCCGCACGCGCGCGAUUAAACGCUCAUCCCGCGAUUCCCGCGUGCGUUGCGUACGAUCGACGGACACGACGUCGACGUCGACACGACCACGGGAGGGACGACGUGUCCCGAGCGGCGCGGACGACGUUUCUCGCGCCAAGGCUCGUGCGCGCGGCCUCGGACGGUAGCCUCGCGGACGAGAGGCGCUCUCGCCAACUUUUUAUGGUCGCAGGUCGGGAUUCUCCCUCCGCGACGACCGCGACGAUGUGUAGGUUUCGCGGUUCGCGGAGCAGUCGCGCGCGGCGCUGCGAGUCUACUCCGUUUGUUCUGUCACCGGUCACGGUGGUCACCAAGUCACCGUCACCAGUGGUCACGAUUCACGGUGCGGCCAGGUGACUCCGUGACUCUCUGUCUCUGGGCUCUGGGCCUCCUCCGCGGCUUCCGCGAGUUGUGACGUGGUUUGUGACAGCCUGCUGAUCUACUGUGUUUUACGGAUUCUGGUGUUGGAAUGCCAGUCGUUUAGAUAAUAUUUGUACAUACAGUGUCUUCCAACCCACACAUAUUCAAAAUGAAUAGCUCGACAGAUCCGAGGCGGCCGGACAAGGAGGUUCGCUACAAGCCACCGGGCUCAAACAAUCAGACGCACAUGCAGGACGACAUGACUCCGGAGUACAUGAACGUCAUAGGAAUGAUCUUCAGUAUGUGCGGCUUGAUGAUGAGGCUGAAAUGGUGUUCCUGGGUGGCGCUCUACUGCUCCUGCAUCAGCUUCGCCAAUACGCGAGUGAGCGAGGACGCCAAGCAAAUCCUCAGCUGCUUCAUGCUGUCGAUAUCGGCGGUAGUGAUGUCCUACUUACAAAAUCCACAGCCCAUGAUACCGCCGUGGGCAAGCGCCAUGCAAUAGUUUCUUUUUUUUUUUUUUACAAAUAUAUGUAUGCUCUGGGCAGCUUACUUUGUUAACGAACUGUCUUCGUCUUAUACACGAGAAAAUUUGAACAUUUAACACGGAAUCUACUGGAAUGAAUGACUGUUUAUAUUACACAGAGAAGUUUCCUGUAACAAACGAAUGAAUAAUAAUAAAUUUACUGUAAUAAUUUA